AUGGUGCUGGAACGACUGCAGCAGAUGGCCUCCCACAUAACCGGGCAGGCUGUCCAGCACCAUCCCUCUGAUCCCCUUAGCACUGAAGAGAUUGCUGCGGCAGUCGCGAUCGUCAGGCAAGAGUACUCUGACCUCUUCUACAACGCUGUCACAUUAUGGGAGCCACGGAAAAUGGAGAUGAUGAGGUGGUUGGCGUCUCCGAAGACCGCCCCUCGGCCGCACAGGGUAGCGGACGUUGUUGCAAUCGGUCGCGGAUCGAAGGUCUACGACGGCCUCGUGGACCUUGACGAGGGCAAGAUCGUGCGGUGGGAACUUACAGAGGGUGUACAGCCACUCAUAACUAUGGAAGACUUGCAGAUCGUCGAGUCAGUUGUCAGGAAGGACCCGAAGGUUAUUGAGCAAUGCGGCCUUGUUGGCAUUCCACCGCAGGACAUGCACAAAGUCUACUGUGAUCCGUGGACCAUUGGAUACGACGAGCGCUUCGGAUCUAGCGUACGGCUGCAGCAGGCAUUGAUGUACUAUCGCCCGCAUCCAGACGACAGCCAGUACACCUACCCGCUCGACUUCUGCCCGAUCUUCAACGCGGACACACAAGAGAUCAUCCACAUUGAUGUUCCGAAGGUUCGGCGGCCGUUGAACACCGCGCCUCCAAUCAACUACCAUGCGGAUGCUGUUGCAAAGGAUACUGGCUUUCGGAAUGAUCUGAAACCCAUCAAUAUUACGCAACCGGAAGGUGUCAGCUUCACUGUAGACGGCAGGACUCUAAGCUGGCAGAACUGGAACGUUCACGUUGGCUUCAACUAUAGAGAAGGUAUCGUGCUUUCGAACAUCACGUUCAAUGACAAGGGCAAUGUGCGCCCCGUUUUCUGGCGCAUGUCACUCGCGGAGAUGGUUGUACCGUACGGUAACCCGGAGCACCCACACCAGCGGAAGCACGCCUUUGAUCUAGGCGAGUACGGUGGCGGCUAUAUGACCAACUCGCUGGCUCUGGGCUGUGAUUGCAAGGGAGCGAUCCACUAUAUGGAUGCGGCGUUCGUCAACCGCGCGGGCGAGCCGCAAGUGAUCAAGAACGCAAUCUGCAUUCACGAGGAGGAUGCGGGCAUUCUCUUCAAGCACACCGACUUCCGCGACGAUUCGUGCACCGUCACUCGCGCUCGGAAACUCGUCGUCAGCCACGUCUUUACUGCUGCAAACUAUGAGUACUGCGUCUACUGGAUCUUCCAUCAAGAUGGCACGAUCCAGCUCGAGAUCAAGCUUACCGGUAUCCUGAACACCUACUCCCUCAACCCUGGUGAAUCUGCCGCUCCAUGGGGCACGGAAGUUUACCCCGGUGUGAACGCGCACAAUCAUCAGCACCUCUUCUGUCUGCGCCUGGAUCCGAACGUCGAUGGCCAAGCGAACACCGUCUUCCAGGUCGACGCCGUACAAGGAGAGGGCGCGGUCGGCAGUGAGGAAAACUUCUAUGGCAACGCUUUCUACGCGAAGAAGACAAAGAUGGCGACAAUGAGCACCGGUAUGAGUGAUUACGAUGGCUCGACGAGCAGGACGUGGGAGAUGGCAAAUACGAACAAGAUGAACCCUUACAGUAAGAAGCCGGUGUCGUAUAAGCUUGUCAGCAGAGAGGUGCCUAGCUUGUUGCCGAAGGAUGGCAGUCUCGUGUGGAAGCGAGCUGGUUUCGCAAGGCAUGCGGUGCAUGUCACCAAGUAUUCCGACGACCAACUCCACCCAGCCGGCCGCCACGUCCCACAAACCUCCGGCGAGCCGUCCCAAGGCAUCCCAGCUUGGAUCGCCGCAGAUCCAGAAGGCAACCUUGAUAACACCGACGUCGUCCUAUGGCACACUUUUGGCUUGACGCAUUUCCCAUCUCCCGAGGACUACCCCGUCAUGCCGGCAGAACCCAUGACCGUGCUUCUACGGCCGCGUAAUUUCUUCACGCAGAACCCGGCGUUGGACGUGCCGCCCAGCUUCUCGUCUACGCCUAGCCAGGUUGCGGCUGGUAAGACUGGCAUUAAAGCGAUUGUUGAUAAUCUUAGCCGGCUGGCGUUUGGUGGCAAGCAGGAAAAGGGUGGGAGCAAUGACUGUGGAUGUAAAUGA